GAUUAAAAACAGAUCUAAAAUUUUGGGGCGUAAUUUCCAUUUCCUCCUCCCUCCCUCCCUCCCUCCCUCGUCAAAUCGAAUAUCAUCUGAAUUUCUUCCUCUCUGAGAAAGAAGAAGAGAGAGAGAGAGAGUCGGAGUCGCUUCUCUUUCCUCGUCGUCCGUUGCUAAUCGGCCGAUCUCUGACAGUGGAAUGCUGAAAACCCUAGCUCUGUACCCGACUCCGAGAUGCUCCUCCGAUUCCAGCCCGACGGGACCACCGAGCGGCUCUGACAGUUGGGGAAUCUGAGUCCCGAGUCCGUCCGAGGGUUUUGGAGCAUUGGGGUCCUGCUAUGGCCGACGCUCUGAACGUGAUUUCCACCUCCCUGCUUCGCAAUUUGUCCGAUAAGCUCUACGAGAAACGCAAGAAUGCUGCUCUCGAGAUUGAGGGGAUUGUGAGGCAGCUCGCUGCCGCUGGGGAUCACGAUAAGAUUACGGCUGUGAUCAAUUUGCUCACCACGGAAUUCACCUACUCUCCGCAGGCCAAUCAUCGGAAGGGAGGAUUGAUAGGACUGGCUGCUGCGACAGUGGGCUUGAGUACUGAGGCAGCUCAGCAUCUCGAGCAAAUUGUGCCACCUGUGCUUAAUUCAUUUUCUGACCAAGAUAGCAGAGUUCGGUAUUAUGCAUGUGAAGCUUUAUAUAAUAUUGCAAAGGUUGUAAGGGGGGAUUUUAUAAUAUUUUUUAAUCAGAUUUUUGAUGCCUUGUGUAAGCUUUCCGCUGAUUCAGAUGCCAAUGUACAAAGUGCUGCUCAUUUAUUAGAUCGGCUUGUAAAGGACAUUGUUACCGAAAGUGAUCAGUUCAGCAUUGAGGAAUUUAUACCCUUGCUGAGAGAGCGUAUGAAUGUCUUGAACCCAUUUGUCCGCCAAUUUCUGGUUGGAUGGAUCACAGUAUUGGACAGUGUUCCAGACAUAGAUAUGCUGGGUUUUCUUCCAGACUUUCUUGAUGGCUUAUUUAAUAUGUUGAGUGACUCUAGCCAUGAAAUACGGCAACAAGCGGAUUCUGCUCUUUCAGAGUUUCUUCAAGAGAUCAAAAACUCUCCUUCUGUAGAUUAUGGUCGCAUGGCUGAAAUUCUGGUUCAGAGAGCGGACUCUCCAGAUGAAUUCACGAGGUUAACAGCCAUUACCUGGAUAAAUGAAUUUGUAAAACUUGGUGGGGAUCAGCUUGUUCCUUAUUAUGCUGAUAUUUUGGGAGCUAUUCUGCCCUGCAUAUCUGAUAAAGAAGAGAAAAUUAGAGUUGUUGCUCGUGAAACCAAUGAAGAGCUUCGUGCAAUCAAGGCUGAUCCUGCCGAAGGUUUUGAUGUCGAAGCAAUCCUAUCCAUUGCAAGGAGGCAAUUAUCUAGUGAGUGGGAGGCUACUCGAAUUGAAGCACUACAAUGGAUAUCAACGCUCCUAAACAGACAUCGGCCUGAGGUUUUGUGUUACCUGAAUGACAUCUUCGAUACCCUUCUAAAGGCCCUAUCAGAUAAAUCAGAUGAGGUAGUCCUCCUUGUUCUCGAGAUUCAUGCAUGCAUUGCGAAAGAUCAGCUGCACUUCCGGCAGCUUGUUGUUUUCCUUGUGCACAAUUUUCGGGUGGAUAAUACUCUUCUGGAGAAGCGUGGUGCUCUGAUAAUUCGCAGGCUUUGUGUUCUCUUAGAUGCUGAAAGAGUCUACCGCGAACUCUCCAUGAUACUGGAAGGAGAAGCAGACUUGGAUUUUGCAUCUACAAUGGUUCAGGCUUUAAAUCUCAUAUUGCUUACUUCGUCAGAGUUAGCCGGACUGCGUGACCUGUUGAAACAAUCACUGACCAAUGCCACUGGGAAAGACUUAUUUGUAUCUUUGUAUGCUUCGUGGUGCCACUCGCCCAUGGCAAUCAUAAGUCUUUGCUUAUUGGCUCAGGCUUAUCAGCAUGCAAGUGCUGUGAUUCGCUCACUUGGUGAAGAAGACAUCAAUGUCAAAUUUUUAGUUCAGCUGGAUAAAUUAAUUCGGCUGCUGGAGACACCAAUAUUUGCUUAUCUUAGGUUGCAGCUACUUGAUCCUGGAAGAUACACAUGGUUGCUAAAGGUUUUGUAUGGGCUCCUAAUGCUGCUUCCACAGCAAAGUGCUGCCUUUAAGAUACUUAGAACACGAUUGAAGACCGUCCCUCCAUACUCCUUUAGUGGGGAGCAAAUUAGAAGAACAUCUUCAGGGACUCCCUACUCUCAACGACUCCAGCACAUGCCAAGCGGAUCACAGAUCAUGGUGGAUGGUGACUUGGGACAAGACAGCAGCGGGAGCUUGCACAACGGAAUCAACUUUGCUGCAAGGCUCCAGCAGUUUGAGCAAAUGCAGCGACAGCAUCGCUUGCAUGCGAAGUUACAGUCUCAGAAGCAUCGCAAUAAUCCCACUUCAUCAAAGGAGCAGCAAAAAUCUGAAGAGCAACCUUCAGCGUCCGACAUCAGCAGGCCUCCUUCAAGAACAUCAAGGAGAGGCCCUGGUCAGCUACAGUUGUGAUUCAGGUCCCCCUACCCACUAUGUAGCAGUGGCCACACACGAUCUCGAGGCGGUGAGAGAUCUUUCAUAUAAUCUGUAAAAUUGUAUAUCUCUUAGUAGAAUCAUCUUCUUUUUACAAUGAACAAAAGUUGGAGGUGUUGGGAUAAUUGGUGGAAGUUGGGGUUUUGAUUUUUCUUUUUUUCUUUUUUUUUCCUUUUAAUUUUUAGAUUAAAAGAUGUCUUUUACGUAGAAAGAAAGUCCCUCUUCCUAAAAGCAGAGACACACAGACAGAAUAUGCCCUGGAUACCAUGUGGUUGUGUUAUUUUUUCAAUUAAAAGCCACAUGGUGAUGGUGGGAAUGGUGGAGGAAACAGGAGAUGAUAUAUCCACAUAUAUAUCAUAUAAAAUAAAAUAUAUUAGGGGGAAGACACAGUUAUAUAUGGUUCUUUUGUUCA